AUGGUGUCGAAUGAAUCGAAUGGUCAGAUGAAGAAUGGCAAUGGUAAAUGUCACGAAAAUGGGGCGAGCGCUGAACCACAACCGGUUUACUACAAACCUCCCGCCAAUUUGGAAACGUUUGAACUCAAAUUGAGAAAGAUUUUCGCGGAAAAGUACAAUACCCAAUUUGAAACCUACCAGGACUUCCAUAAGUUUAGCUGUGAGAAUUAUGACAUUUUCUGGGAGGAGCUUCUCAAAACCACCAACGUCAAACUUCAUCAACAAUACAAAAAAGUGGUCGAUAGAAACUUGAUGAUUAACCAAAAACCGAAAUGGUUCGAGGGGGCCACGUUGAAUUAUACGGAAAACGUGAUUGAGCGAGGAAAUGCCACCGAUAUUGCCGUCAUUAAUGCAAAAAUCGACGAAUCUCUUAAGGAAUACACAUACGAUGACUUGCGAAAGGACGUUUAUCGAAUUGCUACUUCCCUUAGAAAUUUUGGCAUCGGCCCUGGAGACACUGUUUGUGGAUUUGUCCCAAAUACUUAUGAAACCUUGGUGGCAGUGUUUGCUACAGCCGCCGUUGGUGCCGCCUGGUGCUCAGCUUCUGUUGAUUUCGGACCAGCUGGAGUUCUUGAUCGUUUCAGACAAGUCAAACCAAAAAUUCUGUUCACCGUUAACAAUAUUACUUAUAAAACGAUAGUGCAUAGUCAGACUCAAAAAAUUUUGGAAAUUGUCAAAGAGCUUCCUACACUUGAGAAAGUCAUUAUUUCGGAUUCUCUCACAGAUAUCAAAUUUAACAAAGCGGAUUAUGGAAAUUCUGAUAAAUAUAUUACACUAGAUGAGUUCAAAGCCCCACUCACUGAUGUGAUUCUUCCAUUUGUGUACACUCCGAUUCCAUUUUCGGAUCCCUUAUUCGUUAUGUUUAGCUCCGGAACAACUGGCAUCCCGAAAGCAAUGGUCCACACUGUUGGAGGAACUUUGUUGAAGCAUAUUGAAGAGCAUUUGGUUCAAGGUGAUGCCAAGAAGACGGACCGAAUGUUUUUCUACACAACAUGUGGUUGGAUGAUGUACAACUGGAUGAUCUCAUUUCUGUAUUGUAAAGGAAGUAUUGUGCUUUUCGACGAGUGCCCGUUCAUUCCAGAUCCACAUAUUCUCAUGAAGAUUGCUGCCAAAACCAAAUGUACCAUGAUAGGAAUGGGAGCAAAACUAUAUGAUGAGUAUCUCCGAUUGAAAAUUGAUUUCAAAAACCAAUAUGAUCUUUCUCUUGAGAUAGUUUACUCCACCGGAUCUCCAUUAAAGAAGGAUUGCUUUGCUUAUAUUAACACAUUUAUUGCUCCCGGGGCGUUGAUUGCCUCAAUUUCCGGCGGCACCGAUAUCAUCGGAUGUUUCGUCGGCGGCGUUCGCUCACUUCCGGUCGUACCAGGCGAGUGCCAAUGCAAAUUUCUCGGAAUGGAUAUUCGCUCGUUCAACGACAUGGAUGAGGAAAUCACGAGCUCUGAUGAGCAAGGCGAACUUGUAUGCGUGGUGCCAUUCCCAUCGAUGCCGUCACAUUUCUUGAAUGACACUGAUGGUACAAAGUACAGAGAUGCAUAUUUUGCAAGGUUGGAGCCAUAUUGGGCUCACGGUGAUUAUGUGCAAAUUAAUCAUAAAACUGGAGGAGUUGAAAUGCUCGGAAGAAGUGAUGCCACCUUGAAUCGUGGAGGAGUUCGCAUUGGAACCGCAGAAAUUUAUUCGAUAGUCGAAAAAUUCCCUGAAAUUGAAGAUUGCAUUGUAGCCGGCCGCAUAGUUGAGGAAGGUUGUGAUGAGCAGGUGCUUUUGUUCGUCAAGAUGGCCAAAGGUCAUUCGCUGACAAAUGAAUUGAUUAAUAAGCUGAAAGCCAAGUUGAGGAAUGACAUGUCGCCAAGACACGUUCCCAACAUGAUUUAUGCUGUCGAAGACAUUCCAUACACUUCUAGUGGAAAGAAAGUUGAAGUUGCUGUGAAACAAAUCAUCAACGGAAAACGAUUGCAAAAGGCUUCAUCGAUUCGCAAUCUGGAAUCCCUUGAUCAUUUCGCAAAAUACCAGCUCUAA